AUGGACGACUUUGACAUAAGUUCAGGCGCUUCAACCACUACAGCAACAGCGACAACAACAGCAGACGAGAGAAGGAUCCUUACUGGAAAACCUUUCGCAGAAGGCAACACUCUUUCCCUCUCCUCAACCUCGUCAUUACACAGUACCAAAACCGCCAAGUUCCAUACAUCAAAACCUCCCAAGGCUCACAAACCUGCUCGCAGCCAUAACGGCAUGGAGGACGUCUUUUCUCACGAUCAAGUCCAGGGUUGGUCCGAAGUGCGCAUCAAGACAUGGGAGCAUCGUAGGACCAACGUUGAGGGCUUCUACUACCGCUUCGUGGAUCCAACUGAAGGGCAGCAAAAUGGGCCGUGGAGCUCAAAGUCCAUACGGGAGUUCAUGGAAAGAUUGGAGGAAUGGAAAGCCAGAGGAAUUCGUGUAGGGACUUCCUGGGGUGUUUUCAGCAUGGGUGUCAGUAAUAAGGCAGGAUACCAGUGCAGUUCAUAUUACCGGAAGCUUUUGGAGAGCAAAAAACUGACGGACCCAGCUUACGCUUGGGAGGGAGGUAAGCUCGUUAUGGUUAAUAAAUCGAGUGGAGGCGAAAUGGCUGUCAGUGGAUUGAGCGAGCGAUGGGAUACUGAAGAGGUCAAAGAGAUUGAGGCGAAUGUAAACCGCUGGAUCAAAGAGUAUCAUAGUUAUGCUGGGUAA